AUGGACAAUAUGGACAUGAGCUCACAGGAGACGCCUCCUAAUAUCAAUGAACCCUAUGCAAAUAAUUUGAUUACAAUCAUAGCAUCGAUCAUUGCCUUUCUUACUCUAAGACACCUGCUCACCUAUAAAAGAUCAGUACUCGUUUAUCAACCUAUAGAAAACUAUGUCAUCAAUCUAUUUUCAUACUCUUUUAUCAAUAUCCCCAUCGGUGCUAUCCUAUUGAUUAUUGCUCUCAUUUCGGCGAUUUUACCACUAUUAUUACUUAAUGUUGAUCUUACUGUCAACUCAAACCGUGCCGGAUUUCUCGGAUUAGCCCUGGUGCCAUUCAUUCUCUCUUCAACCGGAAAGAACUCUGCACUAUCUUUAUUGACCGGAAUAUCAUCCGUACGACUCAACUUUAUACAUCGAAUACUGGCGACUGCCUUGUUUUUAUGCGUCACAGUUCACAUGGCGUGUAUGCUUUAUGCAUGGUCUAAAUUUCCUAUCUUUAUGCAAUCUCAAUUGCAAGUCCAAAAGGUGCAAUAUGGUCUUGCUGGCUAUGGAAGUCUCUGUGUCGUCAUGGUAGGCAGUUUCUUUCUUGUACGUAAAAUGUGUUAUGAAGUCUUUGUUGUUACACAUUUAUUCAUCUUUGGCUUUAUUGGCGCGAUCGCUCUACAUACUCCCUAUGCCAUGCGAUAUUUUAUUGCUGGCCUGGUUUGUUACCUGCUUAAUCUCGUUGCCGUCUGGUUUAUAAAAAGCCAUAUUGGCCGUGCACGCUUCCACGUAUUGCCGGGAGGCUGUACCAAGGUCUCCAUUCGUCUUGCAAGCCCCUUGAAGCAGCAUAGCAUUGGACAACACAUCAACCUCUGUAUUCCUUCCAUCGGUUCUGCCUUUCAGUGGCAUCCAUUCACGAUCACUAGUAUCAGCUGUCCCAAGAAUAACGACAUGGUUGAAGUUCACGUCUGUGCACGCGGCAAUUUUACACGCAGUCUCUAUAAUACAACACGUCUUGAACAAGAUGUGCCUGUCUUCUUGAAUGGUCCCUUUGGAGACAGUCAAAUCCAACCAGGUGUCAUCCUUGAUAACUACAAUACGGUUGUUAUUGCUCUCGGUGGCGCUGGCGCUACUUUUGGCAUCCGAUUACUGCGUGAACUCUAUUCACAUCUUUCAAAAAUCACCAAACAAACGACGUGUACUCGAGACAUUUACGUCGUAUGGUCAGUACGACGUGUAUCUGAACUCGCAUGGUUUCAGCAAGAACUGGAACGCUAUAACUAUACAUUUAAUCAUAGCAACACACCUUUCCCUAAAUUACAUUUAAAACUUCACAUCACUGGUCAAGGCGAUUCAAUCGAUACUCCUUCGACUACGACAGAAAAAGAAGUGCCUGAAGGAAUUGAUAUCACACCUGAUAAACUCAACACCCUGAUGGAUAAUGAUACCAACAGAUCAGCUAUAAAAGAAGCUGACAUUGUAUAUCAAUCUCGCUUAAAUCCCAAUGAUUACCUUUUAGCUUGCACUGGAAACGCUGGAGUCUUUGUUUGCGGCCCACCAGGGUUCAAUUCAAGUUUCAAGAAUGCUGUGGCUAGCUCUUCUAUGGAUAAGUCAAGUCAUAUUCAACUUUUCUGUCAAGACUUUAGCUAUUGA